AUGGCACUGCGUCCUUCCACUGCACCACAGCGUGUCCCUUUGCCGUCUCCUCCAGAGUCCGCUCUUCCUGCUCUUGCUGAUCCGGAGACUGACUCCCUUCGUGCUGCCAGACCUACUGUCACGCGUUUCCUAGCCACUGCUGUCACUGACCCUUCCUUUGAGUCCGCUGCUGCGUCUGCCUUAGUUGCCGAGCUUGUCGACUUCGCUGCUCACUGUCGUCUAGACUACGCCACUAGUCUUAUUGCUGAGUCUGCGUCUGUCUGUCCUCCGUCCGUCGGGGGUGAGUGUGCCCUUAGCACGGACGUCCUUGAGGACAGGCAGGAGGAGUUCCAGUGUUUUGCUGUUGCUUUACCUCAUCUCGUGUCCAUGCUGCUUGCCCCUGAGGGAGACCCGGAUGCACCAGACAUCCCGACCCCGCGCUCUUACGCAGAGGUGAUAGAGGGUCCCUACUCCUCUCAGUGGCAGGCAGCCAUGGACGCAGAGAUGGCUUCCUGGAAGUCCAUAGGCACCUACGUCGAUGAGGUUCCCCCACCUGGGGCGAACAUCGUCAGUGGCAUGUGGAUUUUCAGGGUGAAGCGGCCGCCGGGUUCUCCGCCUGUCUUCAAGGCGCGUUACCGUGACUACGAGCUUCACUCCCUUGACUUCAGCACUGCUUUCCUACAGGGCAGCCUGCACGAGGAGAUCUGGCUGCGCUGCCCACCUGGUUUCACUGGGUCGUUUCCUCCUGGUACCCAGUGGAGCCUCCCGCAGCCAGUCUACGGUCUCCGCCAGGUGCCCCGUGAGUGGCACGACACACUGAGGACUACGCUUGCGGCUCUUGGGUUUGCUCCUUCUACUGCUGACCCGUCGCUGUUUCUUCGCACCGACACUUUGCUGCCGCCGUUCUACAUCCUCGUGUACGUCGACGACUUGGUGUUUUCUACGGCUGACACUGCUGGACUCGCCCACGUGAAGUCCGAGCUGCAGAAGAGACACACGUGCACAGACCUGGGUGAACUGCGCAGCUAUCUUGGCUUGCAGAUCACCCGGGACAGAGCACGGCGCACCAUUACCCUGACUCAGUCACACAUGGUGCAGCAGGUCCUUCAGCGCUUCGACUUCACGUACUCCUCGCCUCAGGCCACUCAUCUGUCUACUCGCCACUCGCUCUCAGCUCUGCCUUCGGAUGAGUCCGUAGAGCCGAGUGGCCCGUACCCAGAGCUUGUUGGCUGUCUCAUGUACCUGAUGACCUGCACUCGACCUGACCUGGCAUACCCUCUUAGCAUUCUGGCACGCUAUGUUGCUCCUGGCAGACACCGACCAGAGCAUAUGGCUGCCGCGAAGAGGGUGUUGCGCUACUUGUGCAGUACGUCGGGCAUGGGGCUCGUGCUUGGAGGGCGGAGUCCAGUAGUCCUCACUGGUCACGCAGACGCGUCUUGGGUGGACGACCUGGCUACUCAGCGGUCGUCACAGGAUUACACCUUCAGCCUUGGUUCCGGUUCUGUUUUGUGGCGGUCUACCCGCUCGUCUUCUGUUCUCAGCUCCAGCUAUGAGGCUAAGAUCUACGCAGGAGCCAUGGCUGCACAGGAGUUACGCUGGCUCACCUACCUGCUGACUGACCUGGGAGAGCCGCCUCGUUCUCCUCCAGUUCUGUACGUAGACAACAAGGCCAUGUUGGCCUUUUGUCGGGAGCACAGACUGGAGCACAGAACGAAGCACAUUGCUCUUCGCUACUUCCUUGCUCGUGAGUUGCAGCAGCGUGGUCAGCUGCGCCUUGCUUACGUGGCCUCUCAGGCCAACACUGCUGAUAUCUUCACCAAGGCACUUCAGCCUUGUGAUCAUCAGCGUUUCUGUACUAUGCUAGGUCUUGUGCCUACUUGGCCUCACUUGCUUACCUCUUGA